AUGGCUCGGAUGAAGAAGCGCCGACGCGAGGAAGUCUCCUCGCAGCGCAGCAAGCGCUCGCGCCACCGUACUGAGAGCGACGACGACGUGCAACCCACGAAUGUGGUGGUGGCCGAUGGCCCCAGCGACGCGGACGAGAAGGAAGAGGACAACGAAGAGGAGGAGGAGGAAGCGCUGCUCGACUUCACGCAGACCGACUACGCGGAGCCGGGCAUCCCGAAGGCCGUGCACCAACUCUCGGAGAAGGCGCUGGACGAGCUCACGGCCAAGCUGGUGCGCUACAUGCUGUACAAAGGCGGCCUGAAGCUGCCAAUUAAGUUCGCAGACAUCAGCAAGGACGUUUUCCCACAGUACAAGAACGUUUCGAGAUACUUCUUCUUCCACGCGAAGCAGAGGAUCGAAAGUGUGUUUGGCUACCGUGUAGUUCAAGUGGAGGAUAGCACCAGCAAGGAGCUGUACCUGGUGCUAAACAAUGCGUCGUCGCAGGAGCACUUGCUGCUCAUGAACAAAACGGGCAAGGCUGCCUCGCGCGGUUUCCUCAUGAUGAUCCUUGGCCUGUUGUGGUGUGCCCCAGCACGGCAACUCUCUGAAGACGAGUUGUGGAAACAGCUAAUCCGCCUGGACUCGAAAGUGAAACUGAAAGGUGAGCACCCACAACUGGGUGACAUCCCGCUACUUUUCAAGACAUUCGAGGCCCAGCUUUACCUGGACGCGACGUCAGAGCUCGAUGCCGACUUGAAGAAGAUCAAGUAUUAUCAGUAUGGCCCUCGUACGCUCAUGGAAGUGGGCAAGGUGCAGAUUCUCAACUUUGUCUGCAAGUUGAUCACGGGGCGUCCUCCUUCGGAUGUGCAGGUUAACGAGGUCUUGUCGGAGGACAGCUAG